GAUCCUUUUAAAACCCUUAUUAUUCGGACUUUCACACCCAAAAUAAAAGAAAAAAAGACAUCCAAGGAAGGAAAGGGUGGAGGUGGAAGCCGCAAACCAAACCCUCUCUGCCUCGUCCUCCCUCCUCCUGCUUCGUGCUUCCCCUUCCCCUUCUCGUCUGCGGCGCCAAGCUCGAGCUCAUCGCCCGGACUCAGCCUCGACAUCGGAGGAACCUUCGCCUCGCCCGACCUCAGGCUCGGACCCUCCACGUCACAGGGAAGGUCAUCAUUACCCUACCCCUAGCUAGCUCAGGCUACGGGGAACAAGACCGGCGUCCCAUCUGGCUCGCCCCAGUAAACAAGUAAUGAUGGCACCCCGCGUGCGUCAUGACGACGGCGGCUCUCAGCCCCUUACGGAAGCAAGGAGACGUCAGCAAGGAUCCGACAGCCCCGAUAGCUGUACUUCCACAAGGCUCAAGCGCUCCUCCGACGGCCACGACAUCACAUGAACAGGGUACCAAAACCUCUCCGACUGCCACGACAGCAUGUACUUAGGGCUCUAGCUCCUCUCUGCUAGACACGUUAGCACACUGCUACACCCCCCAUUGUACAUCUGGGCCCUCUCCUUACGCCUAUAAAAGGAAGGCCCAGGGCUCUCGUACGAGAAGGUUGGCCGCGCGGGAGAACGGGCUGGCGGACAGUCUCUCUCUCUCCCUUGCGGACGCUUGUAACCCCCCUACUGCAAGCGCACCCGACCUGGGCGCAGGGCAACACGAAGGCCGCGGGUUUCCCCUUUGCCUGUUUCUUCCCCCCUUCGUGCUCCGUCUCGCGUCGACCCAUCUGAGCUGGGACACGCGGCGACAAUUUACUCGUCGAUCCAAGGACCCCCCGGGGUCGAAACGCCGACAAUAUGAAUUGACAUUCACGUGAUAUUGUAUUCCUUCUAAGCUCAUAAAUGCGAUCCUUUAUAUCCAUAAUUUUUUUAUAAUAUCCUCUCUCUCCACGCAACGUUGGCUUUCGCUCAAGUCCAUAACACAUAAUCCUACCGUGAACAUCCUUGAUCUAACUUUUGUGGCCCCUAUACACCUAUUGAACGCAAAACCAUCAUAGACACUAUCUUUUCUUUAAGCCCAUAGAUAUAGUCCCUUGUACCAUACAAGCCCUCCUUUUCGCGUGACAAUGGCAACCCUUUCAGGUCGCAAUAUACGAUUUGACCAGUUAGCACUCCUCACCUAGGUGUUUUCGCGUGAAGGUGGUCCCCUUUAUACCCAUUGAACAUAAAUCUAUCGUUGUGUCUCCUACUUUAACAUCCAUGCAGUUAUGUAUUCCUUUUAAGCCCAUAGAUACAAUCUCUCCCGUCCACAGAAGCUAAUGGCAGGCCCUCUUCUUUACACGAUACUGGCUUCGUCUUUUCUCCGCAACAGACAAUAAUAUCAUGUGCAUUCUUGGCCUAAAUUUGGCGUUCACUUGAAAAAAGUUUCUCUCUACACAUAUCUAUCGUUAGUCGCCUCCUUUUUCUAACUCUUACACUUGAUGGAGUCUUCUCUCUAAAGCCACGAGAUAUGAUUCUUGUCUAUCUGUAAAUUUCGCUAGCAGGCAUUACUCUCGUGAUGUUGGUUCCCUUCUUAAGGUAGGGUUUGUUUUCCGAAGUAGUAUGGUGGAACGGAGCCGCACCAUUCUCAAUUUGUUGUUAUUUGGAUUAGUUUCGUAUAGGACAGAGUGAGUCUAAAAAGGAAAAUUACGCUCAGAUGAUGAAUCAUUCGGCUCCCCAAAAUCUUCUAGAUGGAUCACUUCCUAGCAUGGAACAACUCUAUCCCAACUAGCUCCGCUACCCAGACACUACCUAAGGCUAGUUUGGUGACCAAAGAAAUGAAAAGAAUCCAUACGGAGGAACCAACCUGCUAUUCAAAUGAAAAUAAAAGGGGCCCAUGGUGGAGAAAUCUCAUAAAUUGAAUAGCAAGAUAAUUAAUCUCCAAUGGAUCCUCUCUAUUUACUUGGUCACAAAAUCAGGCUAAGGCUAGUAUUAUAUAAUCCGGUUUAUGGAUCAUAUAAGCAUCUAAUAACUUACUUAUGAAUUACCAUAAUCUAGAUAUCUAGGUUGUAUAACCCACAUAAUAAUCUAUGUAGUUUAUUUGUUUUUUAAUUUAUUUAAGUUAGAUUAUAUAAUUUAGAGGGUGAACAAACAUUGCUAGUCUAUAGUGCAUAAUCCUUCUGUGACCAUUUCUUUCCUAACUUUGAGGUCCAUAUAAUCGGUGGUUUCUCUUUUUCACUUGGGCAACGUAUUUUGUUUUCUUUCCGCCCUAAUUUACACGGCUGUUUUUUUAUAUUUAAGCUCACGACCACCUCCAAAAGCACUAUAGCGAUCCUUUUAAAACCCUUAUUAUUCGGACUUUCACACCCAAAAUAAAAGAAAAAAAGACAUCCAAGGAAGGAAAGGGUGGAGGUGGAAGCCGCAAACCAAACCCUCUCUGCCUCGUCCUCCCUCCUCCUGCUUCGUGCUUCCCCUUCCCCUUCUCGUCUGCGGCGCCAAGCUCGAGCUCAUCGCCACCGAGGUCGUUUCGAUCUGGGUUUUAGCCUAUCCGCGAGGAAGGUAAAUUAGUUGGAGACUUCGUGAUGGCUGCUGCGAAGUCGGGCGUAGACGUGGAAACGAGGGACGGCGGCGGCGGCGGCUCCUUCAGCGAGGAGAGGUUUGUUGAUAAGCUCAACAAGCUCAACAACACAACAGCGAGCAUUCAGACACUUUCACAUUGGUGCAUUUUUCACCGCAAGAGGGCCAGAAGGAUUGUGGACACAUGGGAAAAGCAUUUCAGUACUGCAACAAAUGAUAAGAAAAUAUCAUUCCUGUUUCUAUCAAAUGAUAUCUUGCAAAACAGUAAGCGCAAGGGAGGAGAUUAUGUGCAUGAGUUCUGGAGGGUUCUACCCAGAUUAUUGAAACAUUUCUACGAAAAUGGGGGAGAAGAAGCAAAGAAACUAGUGGCAAGACUAAAACUGGCUGUUGGUGGUAUGCCUGAAAAGAUUGUGACUGCAUACCAAUCUGUGUUUGAUCAGCAUUUUGAUGAAGACACAGCUUUAAACAAGUGUAAGAGUACUGUUAGUGUUCUGGAAAAUCUAAAGAAGGAUAUAGACCUUGCUAGUACCGAAGGUGAUCCGCCUGCCUCAACAAUGAUUUCUGACCUACAAGAACAGGAAACAAUCCUGAAACACUGCAUUGCACAACUUGGAAGUGUAGAUGCAGCGAGGAUAUCACUGAUAAACCAAUUAAAAGAAGCUCUCACCGAACAGGAGUCAAAGUCAGAGGUUCUUCGCAGCCAGUUGCAAGUUGCUCGAGCAGAGGCUGAACAUGCCAUUCAACUUAGGCAACGGUUUGGUGGUGCCGUUGUCGCAAAUGGCACAGGAUCUAGUUCUAGUCCGCUGCUGAUGUCUCCUCAGUUACAGUCGCUGAAUCCAGCACCCUCACUCGCCCCUCCAAUCGGUGCAGCCGGAGAUGAGCCCAAGAGAACGGCAGCAGCAAUGGCCGACAAGCUGGCAUCUCUGUCAGCGCCGGUGCAGGUCCUGAGCUCCAUCUUCUCAUCUUUCGUCGCCACACACGGCGCUUCGCUAUCUUCCAUGAACAGCGGAUCUCCUCCCAGAGACCAACUCUCCGGGGCACCGCCGGGCUUCCAGGUCGAAAAGAGGCCCAGGCUUGAGAGAACCGUGCUGGCCAGCGACAUGGGCGCGCCUCCAUUCUCCAUGCAAGCACCACGGCUGCAGCAGCCGGUUGGAUCGAUGCCCACACAAGCAGCGACACAGAUGAACCAAGCGCCAGGCCUAUUCGCACCACCGCCUCCACCACCGUUGCCGCCUCUUCUGCCACCGCUCCUGCAACAGUUCGGUCAAAGCGCUGGAGGAAUGAUGGGGAUGGGACCGUUCGGGAUGAUGGCUGGCUCCAUGCCGCCUCCUCCGCCGAUGUCCAGCAUCAUGCCAGCAGGUUUUCCAGCGCCAAGCGGUCCACCUCCACCUCCGCUUCCACCGGCUCAGACCCAACCCCAGCAGCAGCAGCAGUCUCCUCCUCAGCCGCCAGCGCCGCAGCAGUCAGCAGGGUUCUUCCAGACAUCAGCAGGCAUGGGGUACUUCCCAGCAGUGCAGGUGCAGCAAUCUCCGUCCGCCCAACGACAAUGACUCUAUGGUGGCAUGACAUCCAUCGGGGCGGGCUUAUAAAAGGCAGCACCUCGUGCUAAAUUUUGUACAUUAGACAUAAUUACCUGGUGUCGAGCUUAUACGUGACUGGCCCUGCUGCAAGAGAAGCAGCAGGACCAAUGGUCACGAUUAGAAAAAAAAAGAUUGUAGAAUAGGCAUGGGGGCUUUUGUUUGGUCCGAGUUGUUUUAACUCUUCCUGUUUGUGUCGUGUGUGCAGUAGUUAGACUUUGCAUUGAUCCCCUGAGGCGCAAGAAAGUGGUGCUGGAAUUGUUGCUUAAUAGAGCUGCCCUCUGAUAUAGCAGUGCCCUUUUAGGGGCUGGGGCGCUGGGCUGAAGCAGUGUUAGAACUUAACUGGUCAUAGUGUCAUAGAUAUGAUGUGAACUGCAAAUACUUGUCCUUUUUGUGACUUAAAUUUAUUUUCUAUUUUCUAUUUAGUUUUGAA